GCUAGACGAGGAACUGUAUCUAAUGAUAUGCUUCCUUGUCUUACUGAUAAGCCAUAUGACCAUGUCACCUCGCAUUUGAGUGAAAUUCAGUCCACUUCUGUGACUCAUACAUUGAAACUUGCCAGUGAAAAUUUUAAAGAUGAACCAGAAGAAAAAUCAGAACCCCAACCCGAUUCUUCCAACACUGGCUAUUGGUCCAUGAAUGACAUGGCCUGGGAGAAUGUGGAAAAUAUUUUUCCACAUAUUGCAUCAUAUAUAGCUGAAAAAGCUCACCAACGAUAUACAUCUGUGCAGGCAUCGGCUCAGACAGAAAAAAAUGUGAGAAGCAACGAUGAUGAUGAAGUGACUUAUGAGAGUCAUGGACCCAGUUCCAUUGGUUUGCGCUCUUGUAGUGAAAUGGUGCAAGAGAAACCUGAGCACAGAAGAAAGGAUUCUGCCAUUUCAGAGCUCAAGCUUUCUCCCUGUGCACCCCCACGGCUAACUGUAAGAAGUAUUUAUGCCCUAAAUAAGAGAGAAUGGCUAAAUAUUGAAUUCCUGGGUUCAGAGAAGACCAAACCUUUUGACAGCAUGGGUCAAGCAAGAAUGGCAUCAAUUUACUGGGCCCAGGAAAAAACUGUCACUGUUGUUUCUACUAGUAGAACAACAACUGACGAUGACUUCUCAGUUUACUGGAGCCACGAGAGAUCGACAAUUAUUUAUUCCACGGCUAGACGAGGAACUGUAUCUAAUGAUAUGCUUCCUUGUCUUACUGAUAAGCCAUAUGACCAUGUCACCUCGCAUUUGAGUGAAAUUCAGUCCACUUCUGUGACUCAUACAUUGAAACCUGCCAGUGAAAGUUUUAAAGAUGAACUAGAAGAAAAAUCAGAACCCCAACCCGAUUCUUCCUACACUGGUUACUGGUCCAUGAAUGACAUGGCCUGGGAGAAUGUGGACAUUCCUGAAACACAGAAUGGGUUUAUUUACAGCACACCACACAGCAUUGGGGCUGGUUUUCAAGCCGCCAGAAGAAGAGCUGAGGCUGCUAUAACAUGGCUCGGAACCACAAUUACAGCUCCAAUUAUGAUUGUGAUCUAUAUGUUCUACAUGUUGUAUCAAGUCUUUAAGAACAUCGCAGCCCCAUUUGUCAGGACCUUUUAUUGGGCAAGAGACAGGAUUCUGGUCAUUUUUCAAGAAGCCAGAAGAAAAUUUCAGAUGCAACAACAAAAUGAGGCAGCUACAAUGUGUGCACCUUUGAGAUUUACAGUGGCUGCUUUCACUGUGAUUUUCAUGUUCUACAUGUUCUAUCCACUCUUUGAGACCCCAGCAGGUCCAUUUCACACAACCGCUUGCUGGGCAGCCGACUGGGUUCUGGCAGUUUUUCAAGAAGCCAGAAGAAAAAUUCUAUUGGGACAACAAAUUGGGACAGCUACACUGUGGCCAACAUUGAAAAUUACAAUAGCAGCUUUCACUGUGAUCAUUAUGUUCCACAUCCUCUAUCAACUCUUUGUGAACAUCGCAGCUGCAUUUCAGACAACUGUUUACUGGGCAACAAACAGGAUUCUGGCAAUUUCUCAAGAAGCCAGAAGAAAAAAUCUUAUGAGGCAAUACACUGGGACAGCGACGCAGUGGGCAACAUUGCAAAUUACAGUAGCUGCUUUCACUGUGAUCUUUAUGUUCCACAUCCUCUAUGAACUCUUUGUGGAUGUCGCAGCUGCAUUUCGGACAAUUGUUUACUGGUCAAUAGACUGGAUUCUGGCAGUAAUUCAAGCAGCCAGAAGAAAAAUUCAGAUUGGACAACUAAUUGAGGCCUGGGCAACCUGGGUACAACCACAACCUGGGCAACGUUGAGAAUUACUGUGGCAGCUUACACUGUGAUCUUUAUGUUGCACAUGCUCUAUCAACUCUUUGAGAAGGUCACAGCUGAAACUUUUUACUGAGCAAUAGACUGAAUUAUGGCAGUUUUUCAAGAAGCCAAAAGAAGAAUUCAGAUUGGAUAACGAAUUUGUGCAGCUAUAACAUCAACAAUACCCAAGAUUUCACUCUACAACUGAUGAUGACUUCUCAGUUUACUGGAGCCAUGAGAGAUCAAUAAUUAUUUAUUCCACGGCUAGACGAGGAACUGUAUCUAAUGAUAUGCUUCCUUGUCUUACUGAUAAGCCAUAUGACCAUGUCACCUCGCAUUUGAGUGAAAUUCAGUCCACUUCUGUGACUCAUACAUUGAAACUUGCCAGUGAAAAUUUUAAAGAUGAACCAGAAGAAAAAUCAGAACCCCAACCCGAUUCUUCCAACACUGGCUAUUGGUCCAUGAAUGACAUGGCCUGGGAGAAUGUGGAAAAUAUUUUUCCACAUAUUGCAUCAUAUAUAGCUGAAAAAGCUCACCAACGAUAUACAUCUGUGCAGGCAUCGGCUCAGACAGAAAAAAAUGUGAGAAGCAACGAUGAUGAUGAAGUGACUUAUGAGAGUCAUGGACCCAGUUCCAUUGGUUUGCGCUCUUGUAGUGAAAUGGUGCAAGAGAAACCUGAGCACAGAAGAAAGGAUUCUGCCAUUUCAGAGCUCAAGCUUUCUCCCUGUGCACCCCCACGGCUAACUGUAAGAAGUAUUUAUGCCCUAAAUAAGAGAGAAUGGCUAAAUAUUGAAUUCCUGGGUUCAGAGAAGACCAAACCUUUUGACAGCAUGGGUCAAGCAAGAAUGGCAUCAAUUUACUGGGCCCAGGAAAAAACUGUCACUGUUGUUUCUACUAGUAGAACAACAACUGACGAUGACUUCUCAGUUUACUGGAGCCACGAGAGAUCGACAAUUAUUUAUUCCACGGCUAGACGAGGAACUGUAUCUAAUGAUAUGCUUCCUUGUCUUACUGAUAAGCCAUAUGACCAUGUCACCUCGCAUUUGAGUGAAAUUCAGUCCACUUCUGUGACUCAUACAUUGAAACCUGCCAGUGAAAGUUUUAAAGAUGAACUAGAAGAAAAAUCAGAACCCCAACCCGAUUCUUCCUACACUGGUUACUGGUCCAUGAAUGACAUGGCCUGGGAGAAUGUGGACAUUCCUGAAACACAGAAUGGGUUUAUUUACAGCACACCACACAGCAUUGGGGCUGGUUUUCAAGCCGCCAGAAGAAGAGCUGAGGCUGCUAUAACAUGGCUCGGAACCACAAUUACAGCUCCAAUUAUGAUUGUGAUCUAUAUGUUCUACAUGUUGUAUCAAGUCUUUAAGAACAUCGCAGCCCCAUUUGUCAGGACCUUUUAUUGGGCAAGAGACAGGAUUCUGGUCAUUUUUCAAGAAGCCAGAAGAAAAUUUCAGAUGCAACAACAAAAUGAGGCAGCUACAAUGUGUGCACCUUUGAGAUUUACAGUGGCUGCUUUCACUGUGAUUUUCAUGUUCUACAUGUUCUAUCCACUCUUUGAGACCCCAGCAGGUCCAUUUCACACAACCGCUUGCUGGGCAGCCGACUGGGUUCUGGCAGUUUUUCAAGAAGCCAGAAGAAAAAUUCUAUUGGGACAACAAAUUGGGACAGCUACACUGUGGCCAACAUUGAAAAUUACAAUAGCAGCUUUCACUGUGAUCAUUAUGUUCCACAUCCUCUAUCAACUCUUUGUGAACAUCGCAGCUGCAUUUCAGACAACUGUUUACUGGGCAACAAACAGGAUUCUGGCAAUUUCUCAAGAAGCCAGAAGAAAAAAUCUUAUGAGGCAAUACACUGGGACAGCGACGCAGUGGGCAACAUUGCAAAUUACAGUAGCUGCUUUCACUGUGAUCUUUAUGUUCCACAUCCUCUAUGAACUCUUUGUGGAUGUCGCAGCUGCAUUUCGGACAAUUGUUUACUGGCCAAUAGACUGGACUCUGGCAGUAAUUCAAGCAGCCAGAAGAAAAAUUCAGAUUGGACAACUAAUUGAGGCCUGGGCAACCUGGCUACAACUACAACCUGGGCAACGUUGAGAAUUACUGUGGCAGCUUACACUGUGAUCUUUAUGUUGCACAUGCUCUAUCAACUCUUUGAAAAGGUCACAGCUGAAACUUUUUACUGAGCAACAGACUGAAUUAUGGCAGUUUUUCAAGAAGCCAAAAGAAGAAUUCCUGUUUCUUCACCUUUGAGUGAAGAAAUUUCUAUUUGGAUUCAAACACACAAAAUUAAUAAAACACCACCAACAGAGUUGGACGUUUUAAAAUCAAUAAACACAAUCAAUUGGA